AUGGCUCCCACCAGCACAUCAAGGAGCUUCCUCCCAUGCGGAUCCCGACGGAGGCGGCUUGUUUUGAAACAAACGCAGCAAGGGGCUCUGCAAGCAUUGUUCCAGCAGAACCCAUACCCAGGCAUUGCCACCAGAGAAAGACUGGCCCGAGAGCUAGACAUUCCAGAAUCCAGGAUCCAGGUGUGGUUCCAGAACCAGCGAACAAGACAGCUAAGACAGAGCCGACUGGGGUCUGCCAAAUCCCACAGGGAAGGGCCAUCACAUGGACAGGAACAGCCUCCAGAAGGCAGGAGAAAACGGACAUCCAUUUCUCCAUCCCAAACCAGUAUCCUCCUUCAAGCCUUUGAGAAGAACCGCUUUCCGAACAUUGCUACCAGGGAACACCUGGCCAGACUCACAGGUCUUCCAGAAUCCCGCAUUCAGGUCUGGUUCCAGAACAGAAGAGCUCGGCACCCAGGGCAGAGAAGAAGUGGCCCCAUGAAGGACCUGGAAGCACACCCCAAACCCAGUCCUCAUGUGACAGUCCCAGGGGAACCAGGCCCCCUGGCUGGUGUCCCCGAGGCAGGGCCCUCCGGGAGCAACUGCACCGCACAGUGCUGGAGCGAUGGGUCCCAGCUCGUCAUCGGCACAGGACAGGCUCAGGAUGGGGCAGUUCUGCAGCCUGCACAUGCUGAGACCCCUGGCUGGCAGCAGCAGGCACAUCCUACUGCAGGGCUGUCGGCUGUGCUCAACUCACAGCACCAACCCUCUGCAGAAGCCUCAAGUUUUUUAGAGGAACUUUUCUCAGCCACAGACAUGGAAGAAGACACACACCCUUUUCUGAGUGGGCGUCUGCCACAAGAGGACGCUCCGGGACCCCUGGAAGCACCUCUCAGCGAGGAGGAGUUUCAGGCCCUGCUGGCCAUGCUGCAUGAUUCCACAUGGCCUCAGGACUAG